AUGCAUGGCUUAAUCUUUGAGACAAGCAUAUGCUACUGGCAGGAUCAACCAGGUAGGGGAAAGCGCGAGCACACGGAGCCGGGCGUAGCCGGGGCGCGGGGCGCGGGGCGCGGGCGACGCGGCGGGGGCCGACCCCCACAGCGAGGAAGGGAGGGGAGGCGAACACCGGGGCCCGACCGACAGCCCACGCUCGGGACCACGAGGGGGCGCGGCGCGCCGCCGCGGCGGCGCAGCGUGGAGGGACGAGGGUGGGGGGGCUUCCCCUUCCCCGCACCUCUUCCCCCCACCCACACCACCAGCGCGGCCCACAACCUCGGCGCGGCCCGAGAGCGGGGCCGCGGGCCCCGGGAAGUCGCUCGGAGGCCCGGCCGGCACGUGCCCGCUCGCUCGCGCUCACUCGCUCGCGCGGACGGGGGCGGCGGGGCUCGGGCCGAGGCCCGGACCCCCCCCUUCCCCGCCCGCCCGCCGGGAGCGGGGCGGGGCGGACACGGCGGCCGGUCCACGACGGCUGGCCGGGAACCCGACGACCCGCGCUCGGGCGAGCGCGCCAGGGCGGGGCGCAGCACGGCGGGGGGACAGACGGCGGUCCCCCCUCGCCCAACACACAACGACGUCGCCAGACGGGCGGCGGUGGCGGCGGAUCACGGAGCGGAGCCGCGUCAGGCUCGGGGAGCGACACACACCGGGACGCGGCCCGGGGAUCGGCAGACGCGACGGACGAGGCGGGUAGACGGACGGGAGAGAGGGCCGACGGGGCGCGGCUGGCUCGGCCGCCAUCGCGCAGACGCGGCGACGACGUCACAGAAGCCGUGGCGGGAGGGGGCGGCCGCGCGCCACCGCGAGGGGGCCCGGGGGGCCGGGCCUAAAGGCCCGGGCGCGAGUCGGCCGCCGGGGCACAACACGGGGUCUCACCGCCAGAGGCCUCCAGCGCAGGGGCGGUCCCGCAGCACCCAGGACGCCGACUGGCCUCCACAGCCCCCCCAGGGGCGGGCCCCCCUCGCGGGGCUCGCGACCACCACCGCCAAACACCCACGAGCCGCGGCCGGCCCGCAAGAACACUCUCCCGCGCGCACACCGGCCGCCCCGCGGACCCCACCCCACACACACCUCCGCCGCGCCCGACUUCCCCGCCUCAGGAACCGUGAGCACUCCACCCGGGGACGCCGCCGGCCGAGGCGGCCGGUGGGGCGACACCCUCACGAGGGGGAGGCCGGCUCGGCCCCAGACGGGGAAGGGGACGUGGGGGGGGAUCCGCCUUCAUCCAAGUCCGACCGCCGGGGCUCGCGCCCCAGGGAAACGCUCCCGAGCGAGGCGACCCGCACCGCGCCCACACACCGCCGCCGGCUGCGACUCGCGGCAACAGUGGCCGACGACCCCGCGAGGAGAACGCCUGACACGUGGCACGGAGCCUGCGGGGUGGGGUCGUCUCAGCCACCACCGGGUGCCUGCGGCGGGGGGGUGGGAGUCACACGGGGUAGAAGACCCACGCGCCACCUCGCCCCGCCGCCCUCAGGUACCGGUCCCUCCGAGUCUCCGGGCGAGGACUUGGUUAGAGACAAAGAAAUAUCCCACUCGGCCGCCUCCGACGAGCGGGCCCCACGAGGGACCGCGCCCGGGCCCAGGCCGCCCUAUCCGGGCCACCCAGUACGGCUCGGGCCGGUCCCCAGCCCCCGGCCGGAACUCGCGGUGGAGGAGGGGGCGGGGCAGGGUGAGAAAAAGUCGCGUCCGCCGACCGGGACCCACGUGGGCACGCUGAAGGGCCGGGUGGCGUCGGAUGGCCGGGUCGGUCCCCGCGGCCGGAGGGGCGCGGGCGGAUGCUGGUCGACCAGGCCAGGCGGCCCCUCAAGCCGGCUCGAGAGCGCGGCGACGGUCACACCCUCACAGACCUGCACGCCCAAUCUCAAGCGACAGCAGGAGGCGCCCACGCCUGGGCGCCACCGGGACAGUCGCCACCAGCGUCGCCUGGCUCCCGGAACUCUGCCUCGGGCCCGGCGGCCGAGUCACAGCCCUCACGAAGGUCGCCGCCGAAGCUCCAGAGACAAGGGACAAUAUAAAAGCGGCCGCCAGGUGGCUCCCGACAACCGGCUCCGACGUCCCCGGGCCGGAUCCCGGUCGCCGGCCGGCCACCGAGGACGCUGCAGCGCCGCCGGGCCGCCCAAACGCCCGAGCUCAGCCCGGGGCGAGGCGGCGGGCGUCUGGCGCGGCCCCGAGGCGUCCGUCUCGGAGCUAGCUCCCGGGUCGGCACGACACGGCGCGACCCCGGCAGCAGACGGG